CAAUUAACAAGAAAAAUGUUAAAAUAUUCAAGUAUUCUAUUUAUAUUAUAUUUUACCAACUAUUGUACAUCAUUAAAUUUAAGUAAUUUAACAUUUUUUAAUCAAUUAAUACAAAAGUCAAGUUACUCAUUAAUAAAUGUUGAUCCAUAUCCAACUGCAUCACUGGGACGGGUGGCUGAAUUGGGCGAAUUUUAUGAUGCACGUACCGAUAACUUUAUCAAGAUAAAUUUAUUUUCCGAUAAAGUACCCAGCUCACUAAUAUCAUCAACCGAUAAUGCUUGUACCGAUAUGAAAUUUUCAAUGGCCAAUUCAUUGCAAGAUAAAUUCAAUGAACUAGAUGUCGACGCUAGACUACAAUUAUCAUUUAGGGCCGGUCUAGUCGAUGUUGAACUAGGUGGUUCAGCUAACUAUCUGCAACAUAAUAAACAUAGUGCACGUAGCGCACGGGUAACCCUAAUUGAAUCCAUUAAUACCCGAUUCGAGUCACUUAGUCUAACUGAUCGGGGCUUUAAAAAUCUAAUCAAUUUUGAUGCCUUAUCCCGUUUUGACGUGACUCACAUACUGGUCGGUAUUCAAUGGGGCGGUAAACUAGUGUUGGAUGUCGAAGAUAGUAACCAGUUUAAGGAUGAUAUUAAAAAUGUACAAGGUAGUAUGAAUGUUAAUAUAAAAGCCCUGUUACUGCAAAUAUCCGGGGAUGCAUCGGUAAACUAUACGGACACUAGUCUAUCGAAUAUAACCGGCUAUUCGUUUAGAUUGUUUGGCGAUAUUCUACCCGAUAUUGUACCGCAAAACAUUGUGGACGCCCUUAUAUUUAUGAAAUCGGCACCUGGUCAAUUAAAAUCGGGUAACUUUGGUCGGGGUAAACAAAUAUCCUAUAUAUUGACACCGGUAAAUGUUUUACGCAAACUACUUGACCUAGAGAUACAAGAGUCGGCAUUAAUCCAUGAUAUUGGCGAACAUAUAGUCAAACGAUGUGUCAAAUUGUUUGACGAUAUGAUGCAAAUUGAACAACAAUUGAACGAUUUGUAUACAGAUUUAACUAAACAGGAACCGUAUGUCAGAGAUCAUGUAAUUAUAGAAUUGACUGAUUUAUUAGGUAAUUAUUCUGUAUAUAAAUCGUUGACAACCCGAGCGUUGAGUGCAUUGUUAGUACAAAUACGUGCCGGAAAUGAAACGGUAGAAAAAUUAGAGGAAAUCAUAUUUAAAUCGGUUAACGAUAGCUAUAGUGUUGAGUCAAUGAAAUUGAAGGUUGGUAAAUUUGAACAAUUAUUAAAUCACCUGGUACUAGUCGAUUAUGUAGCUAAUAUCAAUACUGAAAACGAUAAACAAUGUAUAUUAAAUAAGCAUAGUAAUCUAGAAAAAUUAAUGUUAGAAUUCGAAGGUAAUAGCUUGUACAUUUUAUAUUAUUCAUAUGAUCAUGGUAAUAAUAAUAGUCAACAACAAAAUAAUAUAGAUGCUAUAUCAGCCUAUAAACAGCUAAUAAAAGAUAAUAAACCUGGUAGAGUUUAUUGUUCAAUUAACUAUGAAAUAAUUGAUCAAGCUAAACAAUCGAUAUUAAAAUUGGAUGAUCAUGGUGAUUAUUUGGAAGCAAAAAUUGCCCUGUACAAACAAGGCCGACUAAUACAAUCAAAUGUAUUGCCAUUGGAAACUAGCAGGGCUUCAAUUUAUAUAUGUGGCGGUUAUGAUGGACAAAAUUAUCAAGAUAAAUGCUAUCAAUUUGAUUUACAUAAAUCAACAUGGUCAAAUUUGAUUGAAAUCAAAAAUAUGUCUAUAAAACGUCAUCAUUUAAAACUAAUUGAUUUCAAUAAUAUUAUGUAUGCUAUUGGUGGGCGUGAUGAUAUUAGUACCAAUUUUGUUGAAACAUACGAUACCCGAGAUAAUCUUUGGACACAAAUUUCAUCGUUAAAUAUUAGACGAGAUGGUUUAGGAGCUACUGUACUAAAUGAUACACUAUAUGUUUGCGGUGGCUAUAUAUCAGAUGAACAAACAGGAACAAAUUCAUGCGAAUAUUUUCAACAGGAAUCAAAUGAGUGGAAAUUUUUGCCAUCAAUGUCCCGAAAACAUCAUUAUCACCAAUUGAUUGCACACUCGGGCUAUUUGUAUUCAAUUGGGGGUAAUGUUAAUAAUGAUGAUAAUAGGCCGUCAAAUUUUGUCGAAAAAUAUGAUCUAGCUAAUAAAUCGUGGACACCUGUAGCUAGUAUGAUCAAUGAAAGAUCAUCGUUUGGUUCAGUAUCAUUUAUGGACAAACUGUAUGUAUGCGGCGGUAAAGGCUAUACAGAGUCGGCGGCACUAAAUAGCUGUGAAAUGUAUGAUUCAAUUACAGAUAAAUGGAUACAAAUUGCUCCAAUGCAAGAAAAACGUGUUUAUAUGGAACUAUUGAAAUACAAUGAUAAACUAUAUGCUAUUGGAGGAGAAAAUUUGAACACAUUUGAAGUCUAUGAUUACAAAUCCAAUAGUUGGAGUCAUACAACACUAUUGCCGACAAAAAUGUGGGAUUUUGGGGCUGCUGUUAUCAAAGAAGUGUAG